AUGUCACAACCAUCCGUCCGCCGCAACCUGUUCCAGCAAACGCUUAGCCGCCGACCUGCGACAACCACUCCUCUUCCUCUUUCUCCUCCUCCUCCACCUCCUCACCUUCACCCCCAUCCUCAUUCUCACCCUCCUUCGCAGUCACAUCUCCAUCCUCACGCUCACCAUUACUCCUCCAUUCCCCCCUUCCCAUCUCUCCCCCCUCAUCCCAAUACGACAACCAUGCCCAUGCCACUACCAUCCAACGACCAUACCAGCAACAACAACACCACCACCACGGGCACCACGAACAACCACGCGCCCCUCUCCAACCGCUCCGCCCUGCAUCGUCUCAAGCCAGCCUCACACUCGCGUCCCCAUUCCCACUUAUCCUCGGCAACAGACCCCUCGCGCACGAUGAGAUACCACAUCCCCGAAAAGGACCGCGAGAUCGUCGUCCGCGACAAACACGGCGGGUAUAAACUGGACAUGCCGAGUCUGCCACCGCAAACAUCGUUCAGUGAGGAUGGGGAGGAAUUGGGGGAUGUGGAUGUCGAUGUUGGUGUGGAUGGUGGGAGUGGAAUGAGGAAUGCAUUGGAGGCGGAGUUGAGUGGGAAGGAUAAAGAGAAAUUCGAAGCUGCGCUGGUGGAAAUGGUCAUUCGGCAUCGCAAUCGUCAAACGAGUGGGGGGCCUGAUGAAAUCUUGGAUAUUGUACACCAGAACUUACGCAAACAAGUCGCUUCCCUCGACGACGACAACUGGAUGUUUGAACCGGAGAGGGAAAUACAACCGUGA